CACGGCUAUGGUCGUAAUUGCGUCGUCUUAAUAAUAAUAUGUUCAAGCCCGGUAACAAUACAAUUCCUUCCAUGUGUUAGGAAACCUGACUAUGGAAGCAACAAUGUGGGGGGGUUCCACUACUCGCUCACAGUUGCGGAAAAGUAUUGAUUCCCUCUACAGGAGACAUAAGGUCCCUGAGGCUCCGACGAAGAACACUAUCAACCCGGAGACAGAUCAGACUCGGAGUUUGACCUUCUCGCAAGAGAAGGAUAUUGCAAGUAAUCUAGCAUUCCUAUCAGCCACGUCAGAUGAUAGCCGCAAGAUAAUGGCUGUUUGCGUUGAAGAAUAUAGCAGUGGGGAAGGGAUUACGAUCCGGAUAGCAUCUAAUAGCGGAGACCUAUCAGCAGUUAAAGCCGGUUUCAUAAAAGUUGGGGAAAUACUAGAGCAGGCUGCGAGACGAGGGAACUCUGAAGUUGAAGACAUUGAUGCUCUUCUUCCCCAGAUUGUUAUUCUAGACAUGCAUCGGAUCUUAUCAAGGCUACGAUCACGGCACUCGAAAUCUACAAAACAACCCUUUAUCACCCAGCUGCAUAAUACGAUUAACGACAAGUCUUUCAAAUCUACAGCAAACUUAACUAAUGGAAUAGCAGACCUACAAGACUUAUUUACUAGGCUAGAAGACAUUCGCGACAUCAAGACUGAGAUUAGCCUCGCACAUAGCCUAAUCCGUGAUAUUUUGAGGCAGACCUACCACCUCAUAUCCCCCGCCGAUCUUAGCCUCCUUCUCAAAGACUUAAAGAUAGAUCCAACCUUAAAACCCUAUCUCCUCAACACCCUCGGCAAGAUUAGCGGCUACUAUUCCGCCUCCUCCUUUCUCGUCCGCGCCGCUAGGAACAAGAAAUGCCGUGUAUUUCAGACCAUCGUCAUCGAGACCUUCCAGAUUGACGUCCCCCUUUCUCUAAAACAGGACCAUAUCAAAGUACACGCCGAGAUCCAGCUCCUUUUCUUCUAUGAGCUACACCCGCAUCUCCCCCGGCCUCGAAUAAUCUGCUCCAGCAAGAGUGCAUGUUACCUCUGCAACCUCUUCUUUAGCCUCCACGACGUAUUCCACAUACACCGGAGCCACGGCAGAUUAUACGAGAAGUGGACAUUACCGGACUGGCUACCGAUUCCCGAACCGCGCCGUGCUGAGCUUGGAGUCCUGGCGACGCAGUUAGACGGAGCUCUUAAGGCCAAGAUCCGAGAAGGAUGCGAUAAACACGAGUAUCCGACUGAGAGUGUACUAUCGAUACCUAGGCAGUGGACGCCAUCGACUAGCUCUAAGACUUCAUCCUCCCUAGCUUCGAUAUCAACAAUCCGGCCACAACCCCCUCUACACCGAGAUGGAAGUCUAGAUGGUGUACUUUCGCAACUGAGCUCGAUGCCUCCUACCCCACCAAGGACACCACCAUCGCGCAUCCCUUCUAUCUCGGGGGCUCAAAAUAGAGCCCGCGAACACAGAAUAGAAUUCCCAACUACCACCCAUCCAGUCACCAUCACCCUUGCUCAGCUCCCCUAUUCCCAACUCAUUACCCCCACGACACCGCCGCUGUUGCUACAUCUUAACAACCCCCGAUUAACUCUUGAUUUCGACUUUCGCCUCGCAUCACCUUGCCGGCUGGUACUUACGCAUGUGGACGACAUUACCGCCCCCGUGGUAGACGAGGAGUAUCGCACCGUGGAUAUUGAGGACAUCCCUACAGAAGCGGAGAUGCAGGUUAGCCGUUUGAGGGGCAAAGAGGUAAAGUUCCAGUUGCGAGAUGGCGGGAAGGAAGGUGUGUGCGUGGAGGUUAUUUGGGGUGUGUUAUGA